UAUUAAAACUAGUUGAAAAUAAACUUGGGUGUUAGUUUUACUCGGAACUUUAAGCUUCCAAGCCCACUUGUACUGAUUUGAAAGCCUAACUUGCCACUUCCAAAAUGGCGCAUUCGCUGACGUAUCGCUUCAACUCGGAAACGGAACGUCUACACUUUUGAAAUCUAUGGUCCAGCAGCCGCACCCUGAUUUAUAACAGGCGAACUGGUUUGCUUGUUCAUAUGACUGGCAAGCUGCGGAACCAAUCAGCUUCUUUCAAACACAGGAGGCGGGACCUCCAUUACAGUGGUGUAGUUUAUCCAACAUGGCGCUGACGUAUUUCUCCUGAUAAUUCUAGGUUCCUUCAGUUUAGUGGAGAUUACUGUAGUUUAUCCAACAUGGCGGUGACGUAUUUCGCCUGAUAAUUCUAGGUUCCUUCAGUUUAGUGGAGAUUACUGUGAAGAGAGUAUAUUUAGGUGCAUCAGUGUGUUGGAGUGGCUGCCGUUUGCAUCUUGAAAUGAAAGGAAAGGAGCGAUCACCGGUGAAAAAACGCACCCGUGGGCCUGACGAUAGUAGAGACCGAGGAGGAAGCUACCCGAGCAGCAAGAAAACCACAACUCUCUCUGCCAGCAACGGCUCCGCUCAUAGCAGCGCUUCCACCAGGAGAGGUUUACCCAGCGAUAAAAGAGACAUGAGGGACUCAGAUGGACACGGCUCGUCCAGUCGGACCGUUAGCGGCUACGACUACGGGGCUUCCUCUGUGAACAAGUCCCACGGUGGCGCUGACAUCGCCGCGGAAAAUUCCAGGUCCGGUCCACGCAGCGACCCGCGGCCUCCGUCGGCCCCAGGAAGUGAGUACAAAACUCUGAAAAUAAGCGAGCUGGACUCCGAGCUGAACGACGAGGAGAUAGAGGACGGGUUGUUUCACGAGUUUAAGAAGUUCGGGGACGUGAGUGUGAAAAUAUGCCGUGAAAACCACGAGAGGGUGGCGUUUGUGAACUUUCGGAGGCCCGAAGACGCCCGGGCGGCUAAGCAUGCCCGCGGGAAGUUGGUGCUGUAUGACCGGCCUCUGAAAAUAGAGACCGUAUACAUGAACAAGCAUAAGAGCCACUCCCCGAUUAGUAAAGACAGUUUUUCCUCUGGACACAGGCACAUCCACUCACAGAGACCCCAGUCUCCCCCCAGUCCAGGGUUCAGGGACUACCGGUUACAGCAGCUGGCUCUGGGUCGUCUCCCCGCACCUCCUCCUCCUCCACCUCCUCCACUACCUCCUCAUCUCAGGGACCUUGAAAGAGACAGAGAUUUCCCCCUGUAUGAAGGCAGGGGUAGACCCCCGUUCAUCCCGGAAUGUUCUGUUUUCCGUGAGGAAGAACUACUCAGUCCUGAGGAUGACCAGAGGGCAAACAGGACAUUGUUUCUGGGCAACCUGGAAGCCGGUUUGACUGAAAACGACAUCAGGAGAGCGUUCGAAAGGUUUGGACUGAUUACAGAGGUGGAUAUAAAGCGUACUGCCAGAAGGAAGAGCAGCACUUAUGGAUUCAUAAAGUUUGAGAACAUGGACAUGGCUCAUCGAGCCAAAGUGGCCAUGUCAGGGAAGGUGAUGGGUCACAGUACAAUCAAGAUUGGAUAUGGUAAACCUACACCUACAACCAGGCUAUGGGUGGGGGGUCUUGGUCCCUGGGUUCCAGUGGCUGCGCUGGAUAAAGAGUUCGACCGCUUUGGCACCAUCAGGACUAUAGCUUACAGGAAAGGGGAUUCAUGGGCUUACAUCCAGUAUGAAAGUCUAGACGAUGCUCAUGCUGCAUGGACCCACAUGAGGGGUUUCCCUCUCGGCGGCUCUGACAGGAGACUUAGAGUGGAUUUUGCUGAAACAGAAAAUCGUUACCCCCAGCAGCAGUUACUGCAACUUCCUCUCCCCCUGCCCCACUUUGACUUAGUCCCCGAGCCUUUUUCCCACCGCCUGGCUGAGCCUAUGAGAGUAAGGAACCGAACCCCUCCGUUUCCUAGUCGCUUUAGGGAAAGGGAUCCCUAUUCAUCUGCGGAGUGGGCUGGCCUGAAUGCCCAUGACAGGAUGAGAGAACCAGGCUUUGACCCCAUAGAUUGUCUUGAGAGGCGCUCCAGGGAGGGCUGGUCAGCAGAGCGGGAGUUGCAGUGCAGAGAUCUUGGCCUCAAAAGGAGACGUUUAGAUGAUGGCUGGAGGGUGGAGCGCUCGCCUGACAAUGGUGACUAAUUGGACAGGAGUGAUAUACUCAGAAAUGUUGAAUCAGGAAACUGGAAGCUUGUUGGUUUGUUCUUUUGCUUCCCUCUACGAUUAGCAAAAUCAAAUCUUAGUUAAAAACUAGAAAGCAAUGUUUAUUUUCCAUUGCUAUCAUGUUCCUUGACUUCAACUGAGAACGUUUUUUAAUUAAGUGCCAGAAGAUGAUUAUUAUACUUAUGACAUAUUUCACCCAUAAAGAACAUAAUGUUAUUAGUAGUUUUAAGGAAUACCUCUAACAUGUUCCUGUUUGCUUUAGUUUGUUGAGAACAGCUCUUUGUCAGAGGAGAAAUGAAUGAAGACUUUUAUCCUUUUGAGAUUUGUUCUUGCAAUGCUUCGUACCGACUUUGGGACAUAAUGGAAGGUCACAGCUUUUCCAUUCUGCUAAAGCUAUGGCAGACUAUGGCUGAAAUCUGCAAUUUAACUGCAGUUGACUUGGGUCUUACCUCUGACAUGGUUCAUCUAGUGCCUCGGUCAGACUGAAUUUUACUGGAAUUUCAUAUAACAAGUUCAAGAGUACAAGGUUUGCAAAAAGUUUCUUAUGUAUAAAGUUCUGAAAGUAUAACAUGCAUAUGCAUCCUAGCCACCCCCCAUACCCUCCGCUGAACUAGAGGCUUCAAAAUGACAUAUUGAUAAACCAA